AUGAAGCCAUUCUCACCGCGAGCCUUCAUCUCCCCGCCGUCAAUCCGUCAUGGCAUCCGCGCACACCGAAGGCACUACGCUGUACAAGCGCCAGGAGCACCCACCCUCGAGGUCUUCAGCCGUUCUCAGAAAUGGCUACAGAAAGAGCGGGCAGCAUCCAAUGCAGACGUAAGUCGGCAGGCCGACUACCUGAGAGACGAAGUAGCUUCAAGGCUGUGUGAGCGGUUACUGGACAUAAACAGACACUUUCCGAAAGUGCUCGACCUAGGCGCCAACGCCUGCAACAUCGCCGCCGCCCUCACACGCCCAAACCCCGACCCGGACCCCUCGAAACCCGUCUCCGCCCCCCUCGCCAACCGCAUCGGCGAGCUCACCUGCGCAGAAUCCUCCCGCACCCUCCUCCACCGCGACGCCUCCCUCCCCUUCAACAGCGCCAUCCCCAUCGUCCGCGAAGUGCUCCCCACAGAAGAGCAACUCCCCUACGCGGCCAACACCUUCGACGCCGUCAUCAGCAGCCUCUCGCUGCACUGGAUCAACGACCUGCCCUCCGUGCUUUCCCAAAUCAACAGCAUCCUCAAACCCGACGCGCCCUUCCUCGGCGUCAUGCUGGGCGGAGACUCCCUCUACGAACUGCGCACCUCGCUGCAACUCGCCGAACUCUCCCUCCGCGGCGGCGUCAGCACGCGCACCUCUCCCCUCGCAGACGUCCGCGACGUAGGCGGCCUGCUCCAGAGCGCAGGCUUCAAGCUCCUAACCGUCGACGUCGACGACAUCAUCGUCGAGUAUCCCUCCAGCUUCGCGCUGAUGGCGGAUCUGCAGGCCAUGGGGGAGAGCAACGCGGUGCUGGGGCGGGAACAGGGGCCAAUCAGAAGAGAUGUGUUGGUUGCGGCCGAGGCGAUAUAUCGGGAGUUGCAUGCCGAGGGCAGACAGGAACUGCCGGCGACGUUUAGGCUGAUCUAUAUGAUUGGCUGGAAGGAGGGGCCGAAUCAGAGUAAGCCGCUGCCGAGGGGGAGUGGCAUGGUUAGUAUCAAGGAGAUUUUGGAGGGUGGGGGCGGUGAUGGUGGAGGGGGAGGGAAGAAGUGA